ACGGACUGCAACCACCAAGACAGUCGGCAAAGUAACCGCUGAUACAACUAGACAGUGUCUGCUUGACUAUGCUGCCUUGGGUCCACCCCCAUUUAGCACAGAGCGUGAACCCUGACAAGGGCCGUCAACUGCAAGCGGCGCAAUCAAUUCAACGAGGUGAGGUUCUUCUCAUCGACCCGCCCUAUGCUAUUAUCCCAAUUUCCGACGUAGACGCAACAACCAGUCUUCGAAAGGCAAUAUGCAGCAAUCCCCAAUGCAAUAAACCUGUCUCCCGAGACACCGCCUCGCGCUGUCCAAACCGCUGCAACAAUGACGUAUUCUGGUGCAAUGACUCCUGUGAGGAAACAGACAAAGCAAGACAUGAUUUCGAAUGCACCUGGCUAGCAAAAUACACCACGUCCCUACUCUCAAAAUGGGGCGAGUACAACUUCGGCAUGCUCUGGUUAAUCGUUCGAAUCCUAUCCAGACGAUACACGGAGUCCUCCUAUCCCCAUAAUAUCGAGGACAAACCACCAGCUCACGACUCACACCCAUCACUAUCCCGCUUCAAAUUCGGCUGGCCCGCUAUUGAUUCCCUUUGCGGCACUCCGGAGACUUGGUCUCAUGCUCAAGUCCGCGAGUGGACCGUUCUCGUUAAGAAGUACCUCGGCAGCUCGACACUCCCACACGACUUAUCAAAUUCCGACGUUCUAGCGCUAAUUUGUAAAGAAGAAGCAAACUCAUUCGGUCUCUAUCCGCGAGAAACGGGGGUCUUUCCGCCCCCAAAUCCGCCGGUCAGCAGAGGAGAACAAUUUGCAGCGGCAGUGUAUCCGCGUGCUUCGAUCGCGAACCAUUCUUGUUGUCCGAAUAUAAUCCACAAACCAGAUAAAGUUGGUCGGAUGGUCUUUACGGCUGGACGGGACAUCGCUGCAGGGGAGGAGUGUUGCAUUUCAUACUUUGAUAUGACGCAAUAUGUUUCGCUCCAAGAUCGGAGGCGCCAUUUGCAGGGAUUGUUCCGGUUUAAGUGUGGGUGUCCUCGGUGUCUAGAGGAGGAGACGGCAGCGGCGGAUACUGCCAAUGAGACGCAUUGGGAUGCCUUUCCGGGAUUUGCUUGA